AUGGAGUCUCAUUGGAAUACCUAUUUCGAAGAAACACGACCGGGAGAUUAUCGUUUCAUAGAUUUUUACCAUUAUCGUUUACAACAAGACGACUUCACCUUCUCCUUCCAGAAGGAGUCUAACAGACUAAAAAAGAACCUUGAUAAUAUCGUGAAGAAUGGAUCGGAUGAAAUGAGGAAUAGUGCUAAACAGCUGAGUAAUAGUUUUAAGGUUAUAAUGAACUCUCUUGCGGGAAAAUGGAACCCACACAACUACGGUGGCAUCUUGCGUGUUGUUCACCUUACGGUCUUGCGUGUCCGUUGUGGACACCGGGAAUACUUCAUGGAUGUUGAUGCGUUUUGGAGAGAAAUCGAAUUACACGAAGAGUUACAGCAUAUUGAGGAAGAAGCUUCCAGAUCAAUUAUGCACGAUACGAAAAAAGUUAUCAAUACUGCUAUUGAAAAUGCUCGUUCUACAAUUGGGAACAUAAAUAAUAGUCUGGUUAAUCCAAGAAAGCGUGCAAAAGACCAAUCUGAUUCCGAAGACAACAAGCGAAUUAAGGUGACCCAGAGUUCAUCCGCGUCUGCUUCCUCCACAACUGGUAAUAACGAAUUACAAGAUAAUAUAUAUGAUAUAAAAGAUGCGAUCGUUGAUGAUGAGCGAGCAGUCGAUGAAUUUAAUACCGAAAAAGUAGGGGGAGUAGAUAGUUCAAAUUAUUCCGAGAAGGUAAGUGCUAAUUAUUUUUAUUGUUCAUCAUGA